AUGGACAAAACUUUCCCUGACCAAGGCAGCAGGCAGUAUUUCCAAGGGUUGGGUAUAUUGGAUAUUAGCACUGCCAUCUGCCCUACUAGGCAUGUCCUUGUUGUUAGACAAGUGGGUGGCUACAUAAAGGACCAGAACGACAAGCAAGGCUCUCCUAUAUUCUCAUUCGGACGCCAGACCAAUAUUGAUCACCUUGGCGACAAGGCAAGGUCGAGUGCCUCUGAAACGCCAGCAGGCAUGCCACCCCAGCCGCCGGUCAUUCCUGUACCGCCUGAAAAGAACAAGAUACACUUGCACGGUGACCUCUGA